CACCAGUCCAAUCAUUUAAAUCAGACUGACCAUCCUAGAUAUAAUGUAUUUCAUCGAAGUUGUUAGAAAGGUUGUUGAAAACCACUUCAAAGAAAUCAGCGUUGUUGCUCUUUCUAGUGCUAUAGUACUAGUGGUAAAAAGGUUCAGACGAAAACCAAGGCAACCCUACCCCCGGGAUGUCGUUAUACACCAUCAGGUGGGGCGAGGCCCGUUCGCUCCCAGCAUAAUGCCUUUUGCAGUCAAACUGGAAACCUAUCUUCGGAUGGUCAAAGUACCAUAUAUGAAUAUACACGACAGCUACCAAAAACGAAGUUCCAAGGGAAAGUUGACUUGGAUUGAGUACAAUGGGGUGAAAGUGGCCGAUUCCGAGUUUUCCAUCGAAUUUAUCAACAAGACUUUCAAUGUCGACCCAGACCAAAAUUUGAGUGAAGAACAAAAAGCCAUGGCGUAUGCAAUGCAAAUCAUGAUCGAAGAACAUACGUAUUGGGCGGUCACCCUCUUUCGAUGGGUUUAUGAGCGGGCUGAGAAAAUCAACCAAUACUUGGGUAUCCCCAGCAUACUGCGGUACGUUUUGGUGGAGGGGCUGAGGAAGAAAUGCAAGGCCCAGGGACUUGGUCUCCACAGCCCCCAAGAGGUCCGCCGUGUAAUGAUAGCCGACCUCCGAACCCUGGACACGUUCCUCGGAAAUAAAGAUUUCAUACUUGGAGACAAUCCUUGCAAAGCGGAUUGUGCAAUAUUUGGUCUUCUGUCGCAAAUGUACUACCAGUCUUUUGGAGGAGAAAAUGAAACGGCAAUCAAAGAAUUUCCUAAACUUUGGACUUACUGCGAGAGAAUGAAGGCGCGAUUCUGGCCGGACUGGGAUGAUUGUAUAACGCACGGUGGUACAACUAUUGCCACAGUGUAACACGGUGUAACACUGAAGUAUGACAAC